UCACAACACGCUGGAGAGCCACCGGGAGCUGAGGGAAUCCACGGGACACGGCCGGAGUCACACCGACUGAGCUCUACCGUCUCGCAGCAUGUCUAAAGCCUCCAGGCUGGCCCGGCCUCCGUCGGCCAGGGCCGUGUCCAAGCUGCCCUCUCCCAGGAAGGAAUGCCCCGGGACGGCCGCUCUGGCCGGUCAGGCCCGGCUGCUCAGCGUGGGCGAGAAGCUGAUGAGGGCGGGCACUGACAACGUGCUGACCAAACAGAAAUCGCCAUCGGCCGCCGGGCCCCAGGACAAGGCACGGAGCGACGCAAGGGGCCCGGGUGAAGCCGUACCGGCCGUGGAGUCCAACCCUUGUAAGAGCAGAACCAGCCUGCCUAAAGCACCCAGACAGGAACAAGGCUCUGUACAGAAGCACACCAAGAGCAACCUGAGGGUCACCUCCCCCGAGGACACCGAGCACGCCCCGCGGAGACCGGCCCCGCCGAAUGGGACCCAGGCCCCCAAGGGCGGCCGCAGCGUCCCGCGCAGGCACACGCUAGGGGGGGCCCGCGGCAGCCGAGAGGUCCUCGCCAUGCAGCCCCCCGACAUGGACAAGAAGAGGGAGGCCUUCCUGGAGCACCUCAAGCACAAGUACCCCCACCACGCCUCCGCCAUCAUGGGGCACCAGGAGAGGCUGCGGGAGCAGUCUCUGCAGGGCAUGCUCUCCUCCCUUCACUCUGAGCUUGACGUUCAGAGGUACCUGAUGAAAGUCCAGUCGCACCGCACAAGUAGAAGCCCCAAGCACAGCCACAGCCCCCAGCCUGGCGUGGGCGACCAAGUGGACCACCUCUCCUUGACUUCGCUGGACUCGCUGGAGGCCAUGUCUGAGGUGGAAGUGCCAGUGGGCUUCACCCGGGGCACCCGGAUCCGCGCCAGCCUGCCCGUGGUGCGGUCCACCAACCAGACCAAGGACCGCUCGCUCGGCGUGCUCUACCUGCAGUACGGAGACGAAACCAAACAGAUCCGCAUGCCCAACGAGAUCACCAGCAUCGACACCAUCCGCGCCCUGUUCGUUAGUGCCUUCCCUCAGAUGCUCACCAUGAAGAUGCUGGAGUCGCCCAGCGUGGCAGUCUACGUCAAAGACGACAUGAGGAACAUGUACUACGAGCUCAGCGAUGUCAGGAACAUCACAGACCACUCCUGUCUAAAGGUGUACCACAAAGACCCGGCGCAGGCGUUCAGACCGGCCAAUGGCGAUACCAGGAUGCACGCUGAGAUGGCGAAUCCUCCGAGACAGCCCCCCAUGGGCCCUCCGGCCCAUCAUCCCUUGCAGGCGGGACUACCCCCGUCGCCGCACUCCAUGCAGCCUUCUCGAAUCCCGUUCAGCCCGCGACAGGCCUCUCUGCCCGGCAACGGCACCACGCCCCGGGAGCGCCUGUCCACCGCCAACCCUCCAACCCGCUCUAUCUCCCCUUGUCCCAGUGCCAUCCUGGAGAGGCGGGAUGUCAAGCCGGAUGGGGACAUGAGCGGGAAAACUCACAGCCUCAGCAGAGGAAAUGAGGGCUUGUACGCGGAUCCCUUCCUUCUCCAGGAGGGAAGGAUGAGCAUGGCGGUUGCACACGGGCCACACCCAAGCCCUGGGCAUGAUUGUCCAGACCACGGCAUGCCUGGAUUCCACCGCGCCUCUAUCCGCUCCACGGGUUCUUACAGCGGCCCCAGCCCCACAGACUCCAUUGACCACCCCUCCCUAUACAGGCAGAAGUCUCGAAACAGCCAACUGCCCACACUGGGGUCCAAGACCCCUCCGCCAUCCCCUCACCGCAUGGGUGAUGUACGGAUCAUCGACAUCCACGGCGGUGUCCCCAUGGAGAGGAGCUCUCCUGUCCGCCAGUCCUUCAAGAAGGAUGACGUCACGGGCGCCAAGCUCAGAAACAACACGGGAUCCUCCGAUCCCCAAGGUCACCUUCAAGGGUCCAUCCUGCCUGCGAGUGACAAUCAAGCACGAGAGCGAAUGAAAGCAAUGGAGCAGCAGAUUGCCAGCUUGACUGGCCUUGUUCAGCAUGCACUUUUAAAGGGGCCUGCCAGUGAAAAAACCUCAAAGACGUCGUCUCCGUCUCACAGUGCCCACAGCUCAGGUGACUCACCAGUGCCGCCUGCCAAGUGCGGUCCCUCCAAUGUGGUUUGCCCAGACAAGACCCAGGUUCCUUUCAAAGCCAACCUGUUGCAGUUCAGGAAAAACGUCUCUGACCUCAGGAUGCAGCUCCAUCAAAUGAGACAGCUGCAGCUCCAGAACCAGGAGGUACUGCGUGUGCAGCUGAAGAGAGCCGAACAGGAAAUCGGCAUGAAGCUUGCGGAGACGAUGCGGCGUCUGGACGACCCGGUCCAGAAGCAGAGGGUUUCGGUGGAAGAGGACCGGCAAAAGUACUUGAGCCUGGAGGAGCGUGUGCUAGUACAGCUUGGGGAUCUGGAGCAGUACGUGGUCUCUCUGCAGAAGGACUCAUCAGGGACUCACAGAGCAGUGACCCUGAAGGACGUGGAAGAGGGGGCGGUGACCCUAAGGAAAGUUGGAGAAUCUCUGGCAGGACUCAAAGGAGAGUUCCCGACCCUGCAGACCAGGAUGCGCUCUGUCCUCAGAGUGGAAGUGGAAGCCGUCAAGUUUUUAAAGGAAGAACCUCAUAAACUGGACAGCAUGCUGAAAAGAGUCAAGAGCCUGACGGACACACUCAGCAGUCUGAGAAGAAGUGCCACUGACGGCCUCCAGAAAGCAGCUGACACAAACAUCCCAGGGGACAACAGCCCAUCUGUAGUAAAGGCCCCCGUGGCGGACCCCCACCCAGCGUCAGUCCAACCUCGCUCCACAGCGCCCCCUCUGGAGUCCCAGAGCUCCACCGCUAAAUCGGAGGUCAACCCCGCUUCUCCGGUGGUCCUCCAUCACGUCGAGAGCUCCCUGACCCACUCGCAGCCGUCUGCCAGUUUGUCGGCCGCUCAGCUCAGUUUCGCACUUACGCCCAGCCUCACUCACUCCAACGCCCCCAAUCUCAGCAAGACCCAAGGCCGGGAAUCCCCCAAAGCGUCAGCCGCGGAGCCACCCAGUCCAGCCCACCAUAAGACGCCAUGCGGCAGCCCGGUGAACCAGAUCAACCGGACCAUCGGCCAAGAUCUUGUUAUUGAGGAGCUGCAAACCAAUCAGGACAAACGCAGAAACAGAGCCGUGUCUAUAGAGGCAGCAGAGAAAGAGUGGGAGGAGAAGAGGCAGAACAUGGGUCAGUACGAUGAAAAAGAGUUUGAGAAAAUUCUUCAAGAGGCUGAGGCCAACAUGACAAAAGGACUCCCCAGUCCAGAUGGGACGUCUAAUCCCGGGGUGCUGCCUUCAAACACCCAAAGCCCUCUACAGUCCCCAACAGAGCCCCAGCGCGAGACUCUGUCGGACAAAGCAUCCAAGAAGGUCCCAGAGAAACUCCCCAAGCCAAUGCUGGAGAAACCCGCCAAGCCAGUGCUGGAUAGAGCCUCCAAGACUUCCCCCAAACCUGCCUCCCCUGACAGUUCUCACAAGCUGGCAUCUGAAAAGGCCACCAAGUCCCCACCACCGCCUCCUCCCAGGAAGACCUUCACCAGCUCCGGCUCAGGGAUGACCACCACACGGUGUGGGGAGGUGGUGUACACCAACAGGAAAGACCCCGCGCCAGCUCAGGAGGGUGAAGACGACGAUGUGUUUCUUGUCGCCCAAAUCAAGCCCGCCAAAGCUGCACCACCAGAAGCCAAGAAUCCCGCGGCCCCGCCUCUUGUUGUUGCCUCUUCCGCCAGGGAUGAGGAGGAUGAAGGUGACAAGAUCAUGGCAGAACUUCAGGUUUUCCAGAAAUGCACAGUUCAGGAGGUAGGGGUGCAAAACGUGGUGGAACCCACCACUCGAAUUGAAGCCCAAAUAAGAGAACUAAGAACAGGGCCCCCACUGCCCGUCAAAGAGAAGAAGCAGAACUCAGAGUCCAAUCGUGACGGAAAAGAUCCAGACACUGAUGAAAACGGGAACACUACUGUGCGGCAAAGCCAAGGGGUCAUUUACUACGUGACUGGAAAGAUUCCAUCCCAUUCGGGAACAGAAGAAACCCAUGAACACGGGGAGCCCGCUCAGUCUCCAACACAGGUGUCAAAUGUCACUGUUAAUGACAAUUCUUCAGGCCAACCACUGUCACAGCCUUCCAAGUCACCACCGCCCAAAUCUCCACCGCCUAUUUCGCCCAAGCCUGUGGGACUGAAUGGAUUCAAACUGCCCAGGAAGCCCAUGAAACGCUCGGAGUCCUUAAAAACUAGCGCAGAGAUGGAGAAGGGGAAGAACCUAAACAGAAUCAACGCAGAAAAGAAGAGUCUGUUUAUUCAGCAGUCUGUUUCUUCCACUAAGAGUUUAAAUCCUGAGACUGCAGUCAGUACUGCAAGAGUGGUGACCAAACGUCCUGCCCCACUCCCUCCACUCAGGAGGUCUUCAAAUGAGGACAUCGAUCCGCCGAAACAAAUCUUGGAGGUGGGAAAUGAAGAGGCCAGCUUGAGUCCUGACGCAGGAGAAGAAGCACCACCUCCCCCUGACAACAUUGCCUUUAUGAUCACUAACACUAAAGUUCAGGCGCUGUCUUGUGGCGAGUAUCAGGAACUGGUCAAUGCCAAGAAAGGGGGCGUCCGGACAGUGACUGUAGGUGAUGCCACAAGCCGGGGAAGCGCCUCAGAAGAUUCCGCUGUGUCUCUGGAUAAUGGCUUCAGUAAGAAGCCCGUCAUCAUUAUUUUCGACGAACCCAUGGACAUCCGCUCGGCCUACAAACGCCUGUCCACCAUCUUUGAGUGCGAGGAGGAGCUGGACAGGAUGCUCGCAGCGGAGCGCAUCGAUGAGGAGAGCGAGGAGUCAGACACAGACGGAAGCAGCGGGCUGCAGGUGAAAGACAAAGGAUCUGCGGUCGACAGCAAAAAGGUCCGUUCUUCUCAGGGUGACCAAACCAGCCUGUCGUCCUCCUCUUCAUCUUUAGUCUCAGAAUCGGGAGACGGCAAGCAGGACGGCAAGAAAAAGUUCAAGUUCAAGUUCCCUAAGAAACAGCUGGCAGCACUGACCCAAGCAAUUCGCAGCGGCACCAAGUCUGGAAAGAAGACACUACAGGUGGUUGUCUAUGAGGACGAGGAGGAGUCAGACGGGACAGUAAAGCAGCACAAAGAAGCCAAGCGAUUCGAGAUCUCACGCUCAAAGUUCUUAGCGGACACCGUCAAAGCACCGAGCCCGACCCCACUUAAGAGGCAGAACUCUGACUCCAUCUGCAGGACAAACGAGAUACGUAAGAGCACGUACAAGACAUUGGACAGCCUGGAACAGACCAUCAAACAGCUGGAGAACACCAUAAACGAAAUGGGUCCUUGCUCGCCCGAGGAGCCCGUUUGCGCUGAGGUGACAAAGGAAGAGAAAGUCUCGCUGGGCGUUGGGCUGAAGAGGUCGGCCUCUCUGCCUACCUCCAGAGGCUCGGCUCUUAAACUAGCCGGGAAGAGUUCAUUCCAGAAGAAGACUAAACCUGUGCUCCUCCCACGCCCUGUAGUCAUCCCCAGCACCGCCAGCACCGCGAUCCCUACCCCCAGUGCCCCCAUCACCCUCCAGCAGAACACCAGUGUCGCUUCCCCCACUAGUCGGAUGCCCGUCCCUUCCACGGCGAAGUCCAGGCAGUCGCCGGCAACGACUGACAAAGCGGCGAAACAGCAAAAACUGCAGGACGCUCAAAGGCAGUUCCGACAGGCUAACGGAAGUACUAAAAGAGUGGGAGGGGAUCAUAAAACCACUUCCCCCACUGUCUCUAAAAUCCCCGCUUUUUACCCUAGCACGACUAAGAACACCUCAGACGCCUGUAAUCCCACUAACGCCCCCCCCUCCUCCAAGUCCUCCCUGCCGUCCCCGCACGGCGCUCGCCCCGCCGCCCCUUCCUCCCACAUCCCCUCCCUGUCUAACGGAUGUCUCAAACCUCCCUCGCAGCACGCGGGCAAAGCCCUGGCGUUCUCCGCGCAGGCCCAGAACGGUCGCGUGCACUCCUCCUCCUCCUUCUCCUCUUCAUCCUCCUCUUCCACCCCCUCCCCUCUGUCGCCCACACCCGUGGGCCCGGGCGGGAAGAGCAUCCGAACCAUUCACACCCCCAGCUUCACCAGCUACAGGGCCCACAACGGCAACGGCGGCAAAUCCUGCAUCCCGACCACCUCCACGGCUAAGGACGCUAUUUAGACCGGCUCUGGCCUACUCCCUCUUCAAGUCGCCCGGGUUUAUUUCCUAAGUAUCAAGUGAGCCCGCUUCCUGUCUUAUUUUUCCACUGACCAUACUUUUUAACACAAUGUGGCGUUUAAGAUCUAUUUUUUAUUCUGGGUUUUUAACGAUAUAUCUGGCAGACGGUGUAGAGAUUGUCUUUUAUUUUUCCUACCAGAGCUUUGGAUAUGCAUAGUAUAUUUUAACGCCCUAGCCCGUGUAAAUGCCUUAUGAAGCCACUUUAACGACUACUUUCUCAUCAACCCUCAAUUGCCAAGAUCGAAAAUGGGGGGAAAAAAAAAAUCAAGUGACGCCCUGAGUAAUAACAAGCGUGCCUAUUUGCCAAACCGCACCUUUUUCGGGGACUUGCUGUCGUCUGUAAUGUACAAACCCCGUUUCCAUAUGAGUUGGGAAAUUGUGUUAGAUGUAAAUAUAAACGGAAUACAAUGAUUUGCAAAUCCUUUUCAACCCAUAUUCAGUUGAAUGCACUACAAAGACAAAAUAUUUGAUGUUAAAACAUCUAAACUUUAUUUUAUUUUUUUUGCAAAUAAUAAUUAACUUAGAAUUUCAUGGUUGCAACACGUGCCAAAGUAGUUGGGAAAGGGCAUGUUCACCACUGUGUUACAUCACAUUUUCUUUUAACAACACUCAAUAAACGUUUUGGAACUGAGGAAACUAAUUGUUGAAGCUUUGAAAGUGGAAUUCUUUCCCUUUCUUGUUUUACGUAGAGCUUCAGUUGUUCAACAGUCCGGGGUCUCCGCUGUCGUAUUUUACGCUUCAUAAUACGCCACACAUUUUGGAUGGGAGACAGGUCUGGACUGCAAGCGGGCCAGGAAAGUACCCACACUUUUUUUUACAAAGCCACGCUGUUGUAACACGUGCUGAAUGUGGCUUGGGAUUGUCUUGCUGAAAUAAGCAGGGGCGUCCAUGAAAAAGACGGUGCUUAGAUGGCAGCAUAUGUUGUUCCAAAACCUGUAUGUACCUUUCAGCAUUAAUGGUGCCUUCACAGAUGUGUAAGUUACCCAUGCCUUGGGCACUAAUGCACCCCCAUAAUAUCACAGAUGCUGGCUUUUGAACUUUGCGUCGAUAACAGUCUGGAUGGUUAGCUUCCCCUUUGGUCCAGAUGAUACGAGGUCGAAUAUUUCCAAAAUCAAUUUGAAAUGUGGAUUCGUCAGACCACAGAACACUUUUCCACUUUGCAUCAGUCCAUCUUAGAUGAUCUCGGGCCCAGAGAAGCCGGCGGCGUUUCUGGAUGUUGUUGAUAAAUGGCUUUCGCUUUGCAUAGUAGAGCUUUAACUUGCACUUACAGAUGUAGCGACGAACUGUAUUUAGUGACAGUCGUUUUCUGAAGUGUUCCUGAGCCCAUGUGGUGAUAUCCUAUCGAAAGUCAUGGUCAUUCAAUGUUGGUUUCCGGCCAUGCCUCUUACGUGGAGUGAUUUCUCCAGAUUCUCUGAAUCUUUUGAUGAUAUUAUGGACCGUAGAUGUUGAAAUCCCUAAAUUUCUUGCAAUUUCACUUUGAGAAACGUUGUUUUUAAACUUUUUGACUAUUUGCUCACGCAGUUGUAGACAAAGGGGUGUACCUCGCCCCAUCCUUCCUUUUGAAAGACUAAGAAUUUUUUGGGAAGCUGUUUUUAUACCCAAUUAUGGCACCCACCUGUUCCCAAUUAGCCUGCACACCUGUGGGAUGUUCCAAAUAAGUGUUUGAUGAGCAUUCCUCAACUUUAUCAGUAUUUACUUCCACCUUUCCCAACUUCUUUGUCACGUGUUGCUGGCAUCAAAUUCUAAAGUUAAUGAUUAUUUGCAAAAAAAAAAGUUUAUCAGUUUGAACAUCAAAUAUGUUGUCUUUGUAGCAUAUUCAACUGAAUAUGGGUUGAAAAUUAUUUGCAAAUCAUUGUAUUCCGUUUAUAUUUACGUCUAACACAAUUUCCCAACUCAUAUGGAAACGCGGUUUGUAAACAAUGGAUCACUCCAAUUGAAAAGUCAACGCCUCCACUAAGACAGUAAGUAGUUUUCUUAACAUACCAAAGUUUGUUUGUAUGCAUGCCUAUCGGAUAUUUUAGGAGAGUGCUGUAAAAAAUAAAAAAUUAUGUUUGCACAAA